AUGUCCAAGCUUUCCAGGGUUCAAAGCGCCGACUUGGCCGUGUUGUCUUCCGACGACUGGAGCUCGUCCAGCAGCGGCAGCACAACGAGCAGCAUCGCAACCGUGGAAGGAGGUGGGGGACCGCUCGAAGAAGAAGACCCGUCAAGCAGCUUCUGGUUGGGAGACAUCCCCAAACACCACAACGAGCAUGCUAAAGACGGCCAGAGCAACUCGUCCCCCAAGAGCACGGACACUGCGUGGAUCUCCAACUCAUCGGUGGGCCUCCUGAUCGGCGAGGGCGAGGGCGAGGGCGAGGGGCAGCCGCUGCAGCAGCAGGAGACACCCCUGGCGGCAUGGGUCGACCAGCAGGCUCUGGGUUCAGGGUGGGAGCAGGAAGGGGAGAAAUCAAGCACGCCUCGCGAACCCCAAGCUCUUCGGUCAAAGCACCGUCGGAAAAAAGCGCGCGCGAGAAAACAUCCAGCGGCGGCGGCGGCGGCGGCGGCGGCGGCGGCGGUGACCGCGGAGGACGGGGACGCCGCUACCGUCGCGGGUUCAACCAAGGCCUCCUCCGGCCGAGGAGCGGCAGCCCGCGGCAAGCGCGCGCCCGCCGCACCCCGGCCGCCGGUGGCUUUGGCGACGGCCCCCGCCGUCAGCGGCAAAGGCAUCUUGGUUGACGGCGACGACAUCGGCGCCGAGGACAGCCACAAGGUUGCCAUGGGGAAGGACGGGCGGCUCCUGCGGCUCUCGACGCGCGACUUCCACACGCCUAGGAAGCAGCCGCAGCCUAGCGUCUUCGCGGCCACAGCUGCAGCUGAGCCGGGAGCGGAAGGGGCGGGGGCAGCAGCGGGAGCAGGGGCCUGGGCGGGAGCAGCGACGCAAAGAGUGGGAGCGGAGGGGGGAGCGGCACGAGAAUGCCAGUGCUGCGCUUCUCGCGGCGCGAGCGGGGGGGGCGCAGCUGGUACGAGGAGGGAGGGGGCAGGGGAUCGGCGCCCGGGGAGCCAGGGGGGGCAGGAGCUGCUGCAGGCCUCCGCCGACAGCCUCGCCUUCAGCGCGUCGUCGGGGUGCUCGGCCGGGCCGGGGGGGAAGCGCGGCGCCUCCGGCGGCGGCUUGAGCGCCAACGGCAGCGCCUUCGCCGACGAGGACGGCUCCCGCCCCGGCAGCAGCCGGUCUCUCAACAGCUGCUCCUGGAGGGCACAGAGCCUCCGGGCGCGGAAGCUCCGGGCGGAAAACAUCGUCGACGGUAUCGACCUCGCCGGCGCCGCCGCCCGUUCCGGGCUAGGCGGUGGCAGCAUCAGCAGCAGCGGCGGCAGCCACCGCGAGAUUGGUGGGCUGGCCGACAGCUGCCGGUCCGGCAGCAGCCUCGCUGACACCGGUGGGAGUGGCAGAAGCAAGUCUUACCGCCCACAGGACAGUACGGGCAGCGAGCGGCGACGUCGAGGUCUCUUCGGGGGGCUCAAGAAGGGGAUGGGGGUUGUUUGGGAAAAGAUUGCGGCGGACCACCCACAGCCGCUGCCCAUCGAUAAGACUUUGACGAAGGAGCAACAGCGGCAGAAGCAUUUGCGCCUUGAAAGGCAGAGGCGGAACGAAUGGCAAACCAACAGCGUGGCCGAGCAACACGUGUUGCGAAGCGUGCUCCAGCAGGAGGAGGAGAAGGUCCCGCGCUAG